UACUUGGUACUUGGUGUUACAUACAUAUAUAAUGUAAUAUAUUAAUAAUGGGUAUGGUGGUUAAAAUUACUUAUAAGUGCCUAUAAUUCUACAGAUUAAUUGUAUGUAUACUUUGGUCUUUGUUUGGAUUUAAAUCGAUUUAAUUAUUUUAAUAUAAGUUUCAACGCUGCAGAAUAGACACAUAAUACGUUAUAGCAGUACCUAUACAUAUUAUUUACAAUAGUCAAUAAUAUAUCAUGUACUAAAUAUUGGAUACACGAUAUAGAUUACGAUUCACAAUUCCAAGAAAGUACUCAAAAUAUCAAGUUGAUAGCUAGUUCAAAAUUAAGUAAAACAAAAUGGAUAAGAGGUUAUACAAUAUAAGCCUGUUAGGCUUGUCCUUCACGUUUCUUUUUGCGGCAUAUCAGUCAAUGGGAAAUAUCGAAAAAACCUUACUGAGAAGUGUGCAACAUGACUAUCCUUCAUUUACUGGCGAUGGUUAUACUAGUUUGUCAAUUAGCUAUUUUGUUUUUGGGUUUGCUAAUUGGAUUUCUCCAUCAGUUGUCAAUUUUACAGGAUGUAAGAUAGCUAUGAUCAUUGGCGCAAUUUGUUACACUAUGUUUUUAGUAUCAUUUUUCUGGCUGUCUUCAUUUUUAUUAUAUCUUAUGUCUGCGGUACAAGGUUUUGGUGCUGCAAUUCUUUGGACAGCACAAGGAACAUACUUAACAUUAAACUCUGAUUCAUCUACAAUGUCUAGAAACACUGGAGUAUUUUGGAUGAUAUCGAAUAUGAGUAUGCUUUUAGGAAAUGCAUUUGUGUCUUAUGCCCUACGCGAUAAAGAUAAUUUUGAUGAAUCAACCCGAACAUUCAUAUACACUGUGCUCAUAGCUGUAAGUGUAUUUGGUGCAUUAUUAUUCUUACUUUUAAGAUCUCCUGUGAGCUCAGAAGGAACAGUAAACGAACGAGUAGAAACAAUAAGUUUUAUUCAGCAAAUCAAAAAUACCAAAUCGCUUUUUUUAACAAAAGACAUGCGCUUAUUAAAUAUAUCAUUUUUUUUUACGGGUUUACAUUUGUCUUUCUAUGCUAGUGUCUAUAGUUCAAGUAUUGGAUUCACUAAAAGAAUGGGUUCCAAUAGUAAGCAACUUGUGGCAUUAUCAGGACUAUUUAUUGGCAUUGGCGAAAUUCUAGGAGGUUUGAUAUUCAGUAUUUUGGGCCAAAAAACUUUUGAUAACAACAUUAUCUCGAAAGGAUUAAGUCAUUCAGCAGUCAUUGCAUUAGGUUUUAUCGUUAACAUUGUUGCAUAUGGUUUGAUAUUUAUAAAUUUACCUGACGACUCACCAUUUGGUGAUACAACUGCCAAAUCGUUCAUUAAUCCCAACCAGUAUCUAGCAAUUUUCUGCAGUUUUCUUUUGGGUUUUGGGGAUAGUUGUUUCAAUACUCAACUUUAUAAUAUAGUUGGACUGAAAUAUUCUGAAAAUAGUGCUCCGCCCAUGGCCUUGUUCAAUUUCAUGCAGUCAAUAGCAGCUGCUCUAAGUUUUUACUAUAGCAAUUAUUUUGGAAUACAAAUUCAACUAAUAUUAUUGAUGGUCUCAUUAACUAUGGCUACUUUAUCAUUCUUUAAAGUGGAAGAAUCUACUGAUAAACGAUAUUAUGAAGCAAUAUAAGAAUUAAAUGUUCAUUAAGUGAAUUAUUUGACCCAUCAUAAUUGUACGUCAAGUUAUUUGUAUUUAAUUUAUUUUAUAAUUUGUAAAGAAAUAAAUAACUUAUAUACAUACCUGACGGC